AUGUCUGCUUUCAGUUCUCCGAAGGUCGAGCUACCUGGCACUGUGGCCAUGGCAAUCGAGAUCUCGGAAGAAGCACGGGUUCAGCGUCAGGCGCGGCGCCCGGCCACCACCGGUCUGGCCCUACCUGGCAUGGCCACCCGCGCCACCAAGCGCGCAGAGCCUGAACUGCCCUCUGGCGGACGGUUGGAUAUUCUUUUGGCAUCUGGCUGUAGCCUGGACUUGGCGCAUGGCUUGGUGAAAGCCUUUCGCAACGACGAACCUGAGGACUCGGGUCGGACCAACGGCCGGACAGCGGGCCUGUCUUGCAGCUACAAAGGAUCUUACUGCAAGGAGGUCUUCUCGCCAAAAGCUGUGGUAGAUCAUCUGAGUUUGGCCUCAUGCUUUUGGAAGCCUGAGCCAACGGAGAAUGUCGUGGAUUUAAGCGUUGCUGAUGACAGUCAACUGGUGAUUGUCGGUGACACACAUGGGCAACUGGAAGAUGUGCUCUGGAUUUUUUUCAAAUAUGGCUGGCCAUCCGAGCAAAAUCGCUACCUCUUCAAUGGUGACAUUGUGGAUCGUGGUGGCCAUGCUGUGGAGAUUCUUUUGCUUCUUUUCGCUAUCAAGCGAGACUGUCCUGAGAGCCUGGAAAUUCUCCGGGGAAACCACGAGGACACGAACUGCACAAUUCACUACGGCUUCAAAAUGGAGCUGGAGGCCAAAUUCGCGGAACACCUUUCUGCGGUUUGGAAUGUUUGCACCACCAGCGUUUUUCCCUUGCUACCUAUCGCUGCGGUUUGUACAGAUGUUCUGAAUGGAUACCGCAUCGCAGUGGUUCACGGCGGUAUCCCCGUGGACCUGCCUGGCUAUCCUCCUCCAGUCUCUUUGGAGGAGGAGCUGAGACGCGUGGACCGGCAGCGGCCCACAGUACAGAAGCUGCCAGUCUCAGACCAAGGUCGCUGGGAGAAGUGGGAGAGACUUCUCGAAGGUGGGCAGCUGCUGUAUAACUUCAUGUGGGCAGACCCCGCUGAGACACAGGAGGCAGGAAUUGCUGGGCAUAGGGAGAAGAACUCCUCCAACAGCCGCGCGGGGAAGUUCUUGGAGUCCGACAGCAGAGAGUUCUGUGAACGAAACGGGAUCACUUUGCUGGUUCGUUCCCAUGAAGUCCCCAGGACAUUGCGUGGAAUUAUGGCGAAUCAUAGCGGCCUUUGCCUAACCGUUUUCUCUGCCAGCAACUACUGUGGUUCAGUUGGCAAUCGCGGAGGUGUUCUCGUGCUGCGACCGUCAAUGAGAAGGAGCCCUGCCUUGGAAGCGUUUGAACAUUGGGCACCACCCUGGCCCCAGCUCUGCUCUAUGCUGGGCGCAGAGGGGCUGCGGCAAGCGCUGGCGGAGCGGCGAAAACACGCGGAGCAAUGGGAGUUGUCCUUCGGAAUCUCGCAGAAGAACUGCUUCCUGGGAGAACUUCCAGAUCCGUUUGCUUCAGCGGUUUCAGUACCAUCUGAGGAGUCUUUGUCAGCCUCCAGAGAACAGCUCAUGCAAUACAUGGCUGAGCGCAUCGUCGAGCACAAGGAAGAACUCUUCGAGGAAUUCUGCAGGGUGGACGACAGCUGUAGUGGCAUGGUGAAUAUCUCCAACUGGUUGGAGGUGAUGAUGAAGGUCUUCAGCCACAGGUACGACAUCAUCACGACGGCUGUGCUAGGGCAGUUGUCGCAGAAUUGGAAGCUGGCACACCAGGUAGUUGAGGUCAAGUUUUUGUAUCGAUUCCAAAUUCGAGACAAUCCCGAAGACGGCUCAGUCUUGAUCGAUCGCAUCAAAAUUGUGACGCAAUUGCAGUCGCAGCUUGUUGACUUCUCAGCGAUCAACUUGGAGCACUUGCUGGAUCCAAAUGGUGACAAGGCAGUGUCUCAUCGGGAGUUUGCCAAGUUCCUGCCGCAGUUUCACAUCAAGGUGCCACCGUGGCAGGCCGCAGCGCUUUACGCAACUUGGGCUGCACAAUGUCGCACAAAGGACGAAGCCAAACCACAUUUUGGCACCAUUUUGGCACCAUUGGGCACCGAGGAAACCAUGGCCAGCAUGGUGGAUCAAGACCCCAUCAACUUGGACAACACCAUUCUGUGCUUAGCGCUGGUGAGCCAAGAUCCUCCCAAACCAGAGGAUGAUCCUUGUGCGGAUGUGGCGGAAGCCAUUGGACAAAAGAUCUUGCAAUCUGGAACAACCUUGGCUGGUAUCUUCAGAUCCUGGGAUCAGGACAAGUCGGGCUUCCUUUCACUGGUGGAGCUAAACAGCGGUCUGCAGACCCUGUCUUUGUCUCACAGCUUCAGUGAUGCAGAGGUCUCGGCCUGCAUGACCAAGAUCGAUAGCCUCGGGAAGGAAGAUCAGCGAAUCAGCAUCUUUGAGUUCAUCAGGGCACUGGCACCCAGGCAUGUGACCCUGGAGUUGCAACGCUCGAUGAUUCGCGAGGUCUUGAAGCGCGUCUGGGUUUGUAGACCCACGCUGCUGUCCGCGCUCGGGGCAAAGGACCCUGAUGCCACCAACAAGGUGGACUGGGAUGCCUUUCAUGACUGCGUUCGUGAGGUCAAUGACGCCAUUCACGACAUGGGCCUACCUGUACUCACUCCUACUCAGAUCCAGGUAGUUUGCGAAAUUGCUGCUGCCGGCAGAGAGGAUGUGAAGUACAACGAGUUUGUGCUUGCGAAAGCAGUUAGCUCUGAUCAUUGUGCACGGCCUCCAUGUGGAGGACACCUGGUCGAGCCAUGGGGCGCCGAUGCCACUGGCGGUGAGCAGCUGCACUGCGUGGCUGGUGAAGUUGGCAGGUUUCCUCCCAUGUUGACGCUGAGCAGCUGGUAUUCCAGUGUCAGCGAAGCUGAGGCCAGCGACUUCGUUGUGUUUUCUAUGGGACCAUUGCACCAUGAUUUGCAGAUUCCAGGCCAAGAUUUCUCAAAACCCGAAAGCGAUUUCAGGUUCUCCCAAGGUUCUGCGGUGAUUCUCCAGUCUAUCAGUGCCAAGGUCGGCAACAAGCGUGACUUGAAGGAGGUGUCCUUUCUAGAAGCAAGUAGAUUUGCGCAGGAGAAGGACAUCUUGUUUCUCGAGACCAGUGCCCUCACUGGUGAGAAUGUUCAGGACGUCUUUCAUACUCUAGCGCAGCGCAUCCUCAACAAGGUUGAGGAAGGCAUUUGUGAUAUCCCCGAGUCGAGGACCGGUGGACAGUCGUCAUCUGACUUCAACCGCAUGCCCGACAGGAGUGAUCGGCCAAGAGGGGCAGGGUUUUGUCGCUGUGGUGUGCCUCGAUGUAUGGCCGGAUGA